AUGAUAUCAACAAAGGGAUUAUCUGGUGUCCAAAGUUUGUAUAGCAGAAUAGUUGAAUUGUUUCCCCAAAAAUUUACAUUCUGUUUUGCUUACGGUUCUGGCGUGUUCAAACAGUUAGGUUCAAGUGACCAAUCGAAAAACGUGAUUGAUAUAAUUUUUUCAGUAGAUAAUCCAAGCGAGUGGCAUCGAGAAAAUAUUGCAAAGAACCGCAAACACUACUCGUUACUCGGUUGGUUCGGACACGAGGCCGUCGCGAAAUACCAGGAAAACUGGGGAGCUAAAGUUUAUUUCAACACACUAGUGCCGAUAGAAAAAGAGAAUGCUGUAAUUAAGUACGGAGUCAUAUCACAUUCAGCUCUUGUUACAGAUCUUUUGGAUUGGAAUGAUUUAUAUUUAGCUGGUAGGCUUCAUAAACCUGUUGAAAUUAUCAGGAAUGCUAGUUAUUCUGAACUUCGCUCAGCCUUGCAGCAGAAUUUACAUAGUGUUGUCCAUGCUGCCUUGUUACUACUACCCGAUGCUUUCACCGAAAAGAAAUUUUAUGAGACCAUUGCAGGUAUAUCAUAUUUUGGUGACUUUCGCAUGAUUUUCGGCGAAGACAAAAACAAAAUCGAGAAUAUAGUCCUGCCUCAGAUCAAGGCAUUCUGGGAUCUUUAUGCGCCUGUGCUAAAUUCUAUGAGCGACUAUGUCGAUGUACAUCAUUCGGACGAUGGCCAUCAGAUGUGUUACCAGAACUUCAGUCCUACUGCUCGACACUACCAUCUCAACCAGCUACCCAGGACUCCCCAGAGGGCAGUAGUACGUGCGUGGAACAAGGGUAGUGUGAAAUACAGACAAGACACAGAAGAUGCUCUCCAUUCUAUGGCAUUUGAUCCAGACUGUGGUAAAAUGUUGGAUAGUUGCAUCAGAGACAUAGUUUGGUCAUCAAGCAUAACUCAGAGCUUGAAAGGCAUUCUUACAGCAGGGUUAUUGAAAUCAGUGAAAUACAGUGCUAAAAAAGUGUUGAAGAUGUACAAAUCUCUGUAA